AUGACUAAAAGGUCUAAAGCUGCUAGAUUGAAUAAGGAAUUUGUUUAUGAUAAUGAUAGUGAUGAUGAUAGCGAUAGUUUUCAAGGAUAUAUGAAAAAAAGGGCUGAACUUUCUCGAAAACGAUCAAGAACCGUUGCACACGAAGAAUAUUCUUCUUUAUUAGACAACGAGGCUGAAAAGGAGUCAUCUAAGGUUCCAGGUGAGUCAAAAUUCAUUCAAGGUUUCCUACAGUCCAAAAAACAGAGGCAGCUCGAUGAAUUACAGACUCAAGCUCUUAAGAUCGAACUUCAUAGGAAAUUGGAAGCCGGUGCACAGGAUGCUGCUGAUAGCGAAGAGUUUAUAACCGAGGGUUAUAAAGAGCAGAAAGAGAAACUGAAACAAGCUAAUAUUCAACGUCUAGAAGAAGAGAUAAAGGAACGCGAGCACAGUAGUCGCCAUUUUACUGCCCAGCUCUUGGGCGUCGCAAGAGAGAUAGAUAAAAAGGUUGCUGAUGGAAUUAUUAGUGACGAACAGAUGAAACCUAGGGCACAAGUUAUUGUCAAAAAUGACGUUUAUGUUUCCAAUAAAAACAUAUGGAUGAAGAAAGGCGUUUUAAAUAGUACUGGUAAGGUUGUUAGUAAGCGUUCUGACGCCAUGCUGAAAUUAGUGGAAAAUUUCCUUAAAUCUUCAAUGAAAGUCGAAGACAUCGAGAAACUACGGAUAAAGUACCAGGAUCGUGUUAAAGCAAGACAGGUUAAUUGUUCAUAA